AUGCGCGCACCAUCUUUGUUUACGCAAUGCUUGCCCGGUUUGCUUCCUCAGGAUCGUGGCGGUGUGUCUGCACUAUCGUAUAAGGAUUUGCAGCUUCCUACUCCAGCUGUAGAGAUCAUCCCUUCUAAGUCAGCAGCUCAUCACAAGUAUUCAGCGGAGAAUCUAGAUGUUCUUGGUUUACAAGUCUUUAAGGGAAAAGUAAGUGUUGCUGAUAUCAUCGGGCUCUCUGGUUCAGAAACUGCUCCUUCUAAAUACGAAGGUUCCUUGAAAAAUUGGGAUAGUUCCAUUGUCCUUGUUGAUGUCCUUAAAAACGAGAUCCGCGAUGGACAACUUAGCUUCAGGGGCAAAAGGGUCCUUGAGCUAGGUUGCAAUUAUGGAGUUCCUGGGAUAUUUGCCUGCUUGAAAGGUGCUUCCUCAGUCCACUUUCAAGACUUAAAUGCAGAAACAAUUAGAUGUACAACCAUCCCAAACGUUCUUGCAAACCUCGAUCAAGCUCGGGACAGGCAAAGCCGUCAGCCAGAGCCACACACACCAUCAAGACAAGCCGUCUCAGCAUCCGUCCGUUUCUAUGCAGGAGAAUGGGAAGAGCUCCCAACCGUUUUAUCCAUCAUAAGAACCGAUGUCUUCGAACCAGCUGCUAACCAGGCAAUGAGCUUGAGUUUCUCAGAGGAAGAUUUCAAUGACGGAUGUAGCAGCCAAGAUGGGAGCAUUACAGGACAACAAGAUUUCUUCUUAAGGCGAUCAAGGAAGCUCUCUGGAAGCAGAGCUUGGGAAAGAGCCAACGAGACUGAUCAAGGAGGAGAGUGUGGGUAUGAUGUUAUACUAAUGACUGAGAUUCCUUACUCGGUUACUUCUCUCAAGAAACUAUAUUCUCUCAUCAAGAAGUGCCUGAGACCGCCUUAUGGUGUGGUGUAUUUGGCGGCCAAGAAGCAGUAUGUGGGAUUCAGCAGUGGAGCGAGACAUUUGAGGAACUUGGUGGAUGAGGAAACUAUCUUAGGAGCUCAUUUGAUUAAGGAAACUACUGAUAGAGAUGUUUGGAAGUUCUUCCUCAAGUAA